AUGGCACCUACCGCCACGACCGCAGGUGCUGGCGACAACAAUGUCCCCGCCGCUAGCAAGGGCUCGUCCCGCAUUCAGCCUGACCCUGAGGUGGUUCAGUACCCCAAGUUCGACAAAGACCCCGUAACCCCGGAAGAGGUCUUCGCUCGUGCAGAGCAGGUUUCUGAGCUGCUUCACGAGGAUGAGGCCAUCCGAGACCGAGGCAACGUUGUCCCCUACCGCCAGGUUCAGCUUCUAAAGGACGCCGGGUUGGUCACCAUCCUUGGACCCAAAUCGGCUGGCGGAGCUGGCUUGACCUGGAAAGAGGCCUAUCAAGUCAUCCGCAUCAUCGCUCGCGGCGAUGGCUCACUUGGUCAGCUUAUCGGCUACCACUAUCUCUGGUCUUGGGCCGCUGCGCUGGUCGGAACCGACGAGCAGAGAACCAAGUAUGAGGAGUGGAUCACCAAGAACAAGUACUUUGUCGGUGGUGCCGUCAACCCUCGCGAUGCCGAUCUCAAGGUGCACCAGGACGAGAACGAUCCCGACAAGCUCAUCUACAACGGCAAGAAAACCUUCUCGACGGGAAGCAAAAUCAGCGACGUCACCAUCUUGGAAGGUUCGCUUCCGGAUGGUUCUCACGUGUUUGCUGCUGUGCUGAGCCGUCAGCCUGGCAUCGUAUAUGGCGAUGAGUGGGUCGAUACGCUCGGCAUGCGUGGUACCCAGUCGGGUGGUAUUUCGAUCUCCAACGUCGUCGUCCCUUGGUCUGACGCGCUUGGCUAUGUCAACAAGCAGUUCCAACCCUUGGGAGCCUACAACACGCUCAACCUGCCUCAAAUCCAGCUCGUCUUCACCGCGUUCUACCUCGGUAUCGCCGAAGGAGCGCUUGCUCGUGCCGCUGCGUACACCAAAGCCAACACGCGUGGAUGGCCUUACCAGCCUUCGCCUGUAGCCCGCGGAACGGACGAGGCCUACAUCCAGAUUGGCUAUGGUGACCUCCAGGCCAAGCUCUGGGCCACAGCGUCUUUCAUUGACAAUGUCAUCGAAGAAGCUGCCGGUAUCUUGCACACCAACCCCCGUCAAGCAAUCACGGAAGAACAACGUGCCAAGUUUGCAGUCCGUGUCGCCGCUGCCAAGAUCAACGCUGCCGAUGUGGGUUUGGCGAUCACGAGCCAGAUCUACGAACUCACCGGAGCUCGAGCCGUCGCUGGAAAGUACGGCUUCGAUGUGGCAUUCAGGGAUCUGAGGACCCACACGCUGCACGACCCCAUCGCUCACAAGAGGGCAGAGGUCGGACGAUUUGCCCUCCACGGCCCUGGAAAGGACGGUUGGCCCACUCCCACCUGGUACACCUGA